CUCUACUAUGUCUGAUAAUGGAGGCUCAGAAAACAGGGUUGAGCUUGAAGCAGAAGAAGAGCGACAAGCAACGUUUCAAGAAGAGAAGCCCCCUUCAAAAUCUCAACUCCAUUCAUUUUCCCAAAUCCAACACUGAAAUUACCUCAAACCAAUCUUCUGCUGCUGCUCCUCGAAAUGGGUCUUUGAGAAUUUUACUUUCCUCAAACUCAUCUUCUGAUGCUUCAUUGCCUUCCUCUUCUUCUUUGGUGAGAAAGCCCAGAUCUUUGCCCAAAGUAGGAAGCAAUUUCCAUCUGAAAUCGUUCAGAUCGAAGGAGAAUGAGUUUCCCAGGAAACCCGUUUCCGAUAAACCCAAGCGGAAGCAGCAGCUCUUUGUCGGGAGGGGAAAUGGCAAAUCUAAGACAAAUCCCAUUUCUAAAACUGCUCAAAUGUCGAAGAUUUCUUGUGGUCGGGGGAAUGCAGUGAAGAAGGGUUGUGAAGAAUUGGAGGAAAAGAAGUUGAGGAGAUCUCGAGAAAUUGGAUUGAGUGAACCGCCAUUCAUGAGUUUAAAUCCAGUGGGGAGCUCAGGUAUUCGACGAAAUGCCGCAGAGGAGUCGGAUUCGAGAACAGCAAAUGGUGGGAAUGGCAGCGCUACUUCCGUGAAAACGCCUCCCGUGGAGAUCUCAGUGUCUCCUGAAAUCCAAUCCAAUAUGAUGGUUUUGAAAUCAGCUGCAACUCCGGUUUGCUACGGUACAGGCCACCUUCUAUCUGGGGUCACUGAUAAGAGGAAGUGCCGGCGAAGAGGGAGUUUGCGAGGAGCUUGUGAGAAGGUUAAUCUCUUUAAUGAGGUGAAUGAUGAGGAUGUGGUCGGUGAUUUGCAGGAUCCUUUGAUUCCUUUGCCUAGUGAGGCUUCGGUGCGCUGGCUGUUGUCUCCGUGCAACGAGGGGGGCGAGGAUCAGGGAAGUGAAUCGAAGAAUAAGCUUGAAGAGUGUUGUGGUAAUUACUCUCUCUCGCCUUCGACAUUAUGUGGAAAUGUAUGUGAGUUAGGAUGUGAAGACAGUGAGUUUAGAGGUAGUGGUAGUAUAGAUGAUGUAGCAAAUCGAACGAAAGCUGGAAUUUUUAAGCUUUCUCGUCAACAAAAUUCUGAUCGUGACGAUAAAAUCAGUGAUGCUUUGUUUGUUGCUACCCCCAAUUCGAUUUCUAACGGUAACAAUGUCAGCUUAGGGGAGGGGAAUAGUUCAGUAGUCUCUUUAGGUUGUUUGAGUAGUGGAAAUCUCAUUCAGACACCGAACUCUGAGUGUAGCUCGUAUGAGUAUAUUCGAGGGUCAAAUGUGGAGGCGAAUCAGAUGAGUAUUGUCCAGUUUGAGCUUGAUUCGAUAACAGAAUCUCUAGAUGCAGUGAGCUUCUCAUCUAGAUGUGAGAGUUUCCCAUACGCAGCAUUUGAUUCAUCUUCUCGUUCUGCUGUCCCCAUUCAGCUCGAGAAAAAUGUUUGUUCUUCGGAUUCGAGUUCCACAUUAGCGAACUUAAGAAUGAACGAGAUCAGGAUAUCCUGGAGAGAUGGGAUAGAGUGCAGCAUUGACGAGCGCGAUGAGUUUGAUUGCUUCCCAUGCGUGUCAGAUGAAGAGAUUGGGGGUUCUUAUCAGCAGCUCAAACCAUACAGAAUGUCUCAUUCAUAUAAAGAAAAAGAUCUGUGGAUGGAUAAUGAUGCAUCACCCAUUCGUCUUGAGUACGAACCUUGCAUUUGUGCAGCACGCAAGGAUAAGGCAACCAGGGAUGGAAUAGACGCGUGUGCUGAGUCAAUAUGCACCAAUGGGGGUGGCUUGGCUGUCUCUUGUGACUCGGAUUGGGAAAAUAUCCAGGACACUCGGGUCAAGUAGUCACAACUGCAAGACAUGGGCCAAAAGCGAUUUGACAUCGUCUCUGAGCAAAAAAGAAAGCAAGUGAAGUGCAGUCCUCGUUAAGCAGCAAGUGGCUAAUAGAUCCCUCUAACUCUAUGUCAGUUCAUAGAAACGCACCUUUACCAUAUCAUCGCCUUCUUUCUUACCGUUGUUUACCUUAUUUUCGUCUCUUGGACUGUAAAUCCAAGUUUUAGCAGCAAUGUACAAUAUUUGAACCAGCUCGUUGAGGAAGAGGAUAUAUUGAAGCAAUUCAUUUCUUCAUUGAGAUGCAAAUGCAUCUGUUGUUUAA